AUGAUUGUUGGUGGUGUUCUCGAACCAAUAAAAGCCUAUUUUGGUACUGUUGAAAAUCAAGGACGAGGCUCUCUUCAUCUACAUCUUCUUAUUUGGUUUGAUCAUGAUAUGAAGCCAGCUGAUAUGAAAGAAAAGAUUCAAAAUGCUAGCUUUCAAGAAAAGUUGAAAGUAUACCUCGAAGAUAUUAUCAACGAAGACUUAGAUCAAUUUAAAGACAAUUGUGCCUUUCAGAAUUUAGACGUGGCAAGAACAUGGAAUACUCUACCACGAUUAACACGAAAUAAUAUAUAUGCGGCUAUAAGUACCAUUGAUUUAUCAGGCUUGAAACAAAAUAUAUAUGAAUCUGGCACUCGAUCAGUACCAAUGAAACAACUAUCUUCUUCAUCGAUUUUCCAUGUUUCUCCGUCGCCAAAUAAGUUUUUACAAGCACCAACACAUGAUCGAUCAGCAUCUGGUGUGCUAGACGAUGAUGUAUAUGAUGGUGAUGAAAACAAUAACAAAGAAAAUUUUCAAAUUCAAUCGGCUGAACACAACAAAAAAUAUCGUACUCGUUAA